AUGAAGGAGCUAGGCCCAGUAAACUCUUUUCUGGGAAUCAAAAUUCAAAAAGAGAAAGACAAGUAUUUUUUAUCCCAGCAGCUUUAUGCGAACUCUAUCUUGCAACAGGCGCAAUUAACUCAGUGCAAUCCCUUGUCCAAUCCCACGUACACGAAGCCACCGAAAGAUAUUCCACCGGAUCCAAUACUCACUGACCCGACCACUUACCGUAAAAUUACCGGUUCCUUGCAGUACCUAACUCUAACUCGUCCAGACAUUACCUACAGUGUAAAUCUUCUCUCGCAACACAUGCACCACCCACUGCCGGAACAUGCGUUUCUCCUCAAAAGACUUCUUCGCUACAUCAAAGGUACGCUAAACUACGGCAUUCCUAUUCUAAAAUCUAAUCUACUUCUUUCUUCUUUUUCAGAUGCAGAUUGGGCAGGAGAUCCGGUCUCACGGAAAUCAACAUCCGGCUAUUGUUCGUUCAUUGGUCAAACACUAAUCUCGUGGACGGCUAAGAAACAAACAACAGUGGCUCGAUCAUCGACGGAGUCAGAGUAUCGUUCUCUAGCAGCACUCACCGCGGACGUCAUUUGGCUUCGAAGAUUGCUCACAGAUUUCGGAAUUCACCAAAAUACACCAACUACUAUAUACUGCGAUAACACUUCGGCUAUAGCUCUUGCAAACAAUCCGGUGUUCCACGCUCGCACCAAACACAUAGAGAUAGACCACAGAUUUGUUCGCGAUCACAUUCUUCAAGGCAACAUUCGACUGUUCCCCAUCAGCACAACCGAUCAGAUCGCAGACAUCUUCACCAAACCUCUAUCGACUCCUCGAUUCCAUCACUUACGUCUCAAACUGAAC